GUUUUUCCACCUAAUGGAAGAUAUGUCGAAGUGGCAAUACCUCUGCAGGCAGAGUGCAUGUCUGAAGGAGACAUUUUCUGCAUAUGACUUUUGCUUCGUGGCAGCCGUUGCAUUGGUUUUCUCUUUCUAUCAACCCCUUAUAUCCAGUGUUACCAACACGAUCAAGUCAUAUCUGAAGACAAAACAUGUCAAUCCGGAGGUGCUGUCGUUGGGGGCAGAAGUUCAAAGGCUCAAAAGCGAAUUAGCCCAUAUAUCACCAACUGCAGAAUUUUCAUCAUACUUCAAAACAGAGCGGAUUCUCAAUAAAAAACUGGAGGAGUAUGACGCCGCAGUUGCAAAAGAGAAGAUGAUGCAGCCAUCUCAAAUGAAAAUUGAAAUGGGAGUCAAGGUUUUCGCGCAGGGUGUUGGACUACUACUCCUUCAUUUUGUCUCUGGAAUCAAUGCAUUCUGCAUACCUUCCUCAGUCUUUUGGCCACUCAACCGUCUCCUGCGUUUUCCGACAGUCUGGAGUAGCGAAGGUUGUAUCCCAUCCAUGCCCGAUCUCACACCCGUGUCUCUCUUUGUUGUUGCUUACUGCACUAUAGCUGCUGGAAGAAAGAUGCUCUCUUUGCGAAAGAUUUGAAUUUGGAACGGUAUUUAAUAUGAGGAGCUGAAUGGUUUAUGUGGUAACUGCGCAUAUCAUUGCGCCGCCUAAUGAACUUUUCCGUGAACAUGUUUGGCAAACUUUUUGCCUUGCGAUUCGUAGCAUGGAGAGAUAUACGGUGGGCACAAAACAGAGUCAAAUAGAUGCAAUAUGAGUAUGUUUUCAACAAAUCCUGUGCUUAUAUCACAAGUUUGGAUGGGGCCUAUUGGGUAGUUGACCCUAAAGGUUAUUUGAUCGUGUGAUGUUUCCGGUUUAUGCUUAGCUUAGGAACUUAGACGGCAAAAUGUGAUUUACGGGUGGCCCCACCACUUCGAAGAAUUUUUCACAUUGCAGAAAUUUGUUUUUCCAUUCUUUCGUUCUGCGAUUGGGAUCUUCUUUCGUGGUGGCUCUUUUUGAAUUUGCGUUUUUUUUUUGAUAAUUUCAUAAGGUGAGAUUAUUUCCAUUUGACUUUUGCCUGAAAAAGUCAUGUCUAGUCUAAUUAUUAAUUGGUUAGUGUAAGCCAUGAGAGCUUAUUCAUAUGUCUCGGUUGUUGUUGAUAUUUUCGGUUUUUAGACUCAUUAUUGUGUGAUUAAUUCUUUUUGCUUUGCCUUUUCUCUGUAGAUUUGAAUUUUUCAAUCAUAAAAAUUUUCCCACA